AGGUAACAAAGGUAACGUUAACAUUUAUCUCAAAUUGCAUAUGUAUAUUUUACACAGUGUCGAUCCUGAAUAUAGGUUGAUUCUACAUUGCUUACGUUCAACACUUCUUUCUAAUUAGUGAAAUCUUGAUACAUGUCACAUGGUGAUUUUAUGGAAUUUCUUAUCACUCUCCACCACACGUAGAUCGGAGUGGUUUACAACAAAGGAAUAACUUAGACGGUUAUCUGAUGGAGAACAUUAAUAACCCAAAGAGUUAACAUUCCUAAACUACAUCAUUAGAAAAACAGAUUCGCAAAAACUACCACUAGAAAUCAGAGAAACAGUUGAAGGCUGAAUCAAAAGAACGCGAAUCACAGUGAAGUCUACAAGCCCAACCCCAAGAUAAAGAAUAGUUUUCAAUUUAAAAUCACCAGUACAUUCAGAUAAAAUAAAAGAAAGCCAUUCAUCGACAGAGGACGAAUUAGACCUCGAAACUGAAAUCUUCAAGGCAGCUAUAUAUACAGUAUAUCACAAGGGACACAAGAUGUCAAAUAGGCGGAAUACUCCAACUGAAGACUAUUACAAUGACAAAUACAUAAACAGAGGGUACAAUCACGACAUACCUCCGGAUUAUGACAACGUUAAAACUCCAAACAUCCCAUCUAAACUCCCUCCAAUUGAACCAGUACCAGAUGACGAUAACAUUUCAAACUUUAGUGCGAAGGAAAAGUUUAUCUGCAGCUUCGGGAAUACGUUGAGAGAGCUUUGGGCAUUUAGGAACACUCUGAUUAUCAUUCUGACGCCUCUCUUACUGCUUCCUAUACCGCUAGUCAUAAACACAGAGCCAGCAAGGGCCGCCUAUCUUUUACUAUGGAUGGCUAUCUGGUGGAUCACAGAAUGUGUACCGAUAGCUGUGACAAGUCUAUUACCUGUAAUCAUCUUGCCAUUCAUGGGGCUCAUGACGCCUGGCCAGAUUAGCAUCAACUAUAUGAGAGAUGCAGCCAUGUUGUUUAUUGGUGGACUGGUGGUAGCUAUAGGAAUAGAAAAAUGGAAUCUCCACAAACGAAUUGCCUUUAGGAUAUUAUUGAUAGUAGGAUCUAAACCAGUUUGGUUAAUGAUGGGUUUCAUGUUGGUGACCUGGUUCUUGAGUAUGUGGAUUAGUAACACUGCAACCACAGCUAUGAUGCUGCCUGUUGUGUCUGCAGUCCUCGACCAACUUGACCCUGCCAAAGUGAACUUGGAGAAAGAGGAAGGAGAGGACGCUGAUUCUCGGGAAAAGCAUCAUGCAAAUGGUGUCCCUGGGACUGAGUUGAGGCAGAUAUCAUCAUCAACCACACAUAGCGAGUCUGUCUUGGUCCACGACGAUACUGAAACAGAAAAGGCAAAAGCCAUUGAGUGGAAGGAAAAAUACAAUCACUUGUGCAAGGGCAUGAACCUGUGUAUAUGUUAUGCAGCAAAUAUAGGUGGCACUGCAACUCUCACCGGGACAACGCCCAACCUAAUCAUGCAGGGAUUCAUAAACAGUAUGUAUGAAAAACGUGGGUUGAAGUCUCCAUUAAGUUUUGCGACAUGGAUGGGUUUUGGAUUACCUGGGGCUGCUAUUAGCGUCAUUCUAUGCUGGUUGUGGCUACAGUUCUACUUCUUCGGCUUUAAAGGGUCCAUAUUUGGCCUUUGCUUCGCUAAGAAGACCGCAGGUCGGGACAGAGAAGGGGAUGCAGUAAAAAGGGUUCUUCGAAAGGAAUAUGAAAAACUAGGCCCUUGGACGUUUGCUGAGGUGAUGAUUCUGAUACACUUUGUCGGACUUGCAACAUUGUGGCUGACGAGAGACCCACAAUUCGUCCCUGGAUGGGCUUCACUUUUCAGAGAUGGAUAUAUUAAAGAUUCAACACCAGCUGUCUUGGUGACAAUAUUACUGUUUAUCGUACCGGCCAAAAAACCAACAUUCUUCUGUCUUCGCAAACAUGGUGAACGUAGAGGGCCAGUGACUGCAUUGAUGGAUUGGGAAACCGUGCAUGAAAAGUUUCCUUGGGGAGUGCUACUUUUACUAGGAGGCGGCUUUGCACUGGCAGAAGCUGCCCAGGUAUCGAAGUUGUCAGCCUGGAUCAGUGAGCAGCUAACAGGGUUAAAGCAUCUACCUCCCUGGGCCAUGGUGAUGAUUAUCUGCUUCGCCGUUGCUAUGAUCACACAGGUCACUAGCAACACAGCAAUAACCACACUCAUGAUGCCCAUAUUGAGUGGCCUGUCUCUAAGUGUUGGAGUACAUCCAAUGUAUCUAAUGUUGAGUGCUACCAUAGCAGCAAGCUGUGCCUUCAUGUUGCCAGUAGCAACGCCUCCGAAUGCAAUUGUGUUUGCAUAUGGUCACGUCACAGUAGUUGAUAUGGUGAAAGCAGGGUUUAUGAUGAACUGUGUAUGUGUCCUUGUGAUCACACUUGGCAUCAAUACUUGGGGAAAUGCCAUGUUUAAUCUUAGUGUAAUGCCAUGGAACGCUUCAACUCCUGUUGCAAAUGCCACAAUGCUAUAUGCUCCUGUAAGCCCAAUAGUUGAUAACCAACUUUGGAACCAAUAUAUUGAACAGUAUUAGAUAUUGAACAGAUUUCAUAUGUAAAUAUACCAACUACGGGUGGGUGCCAUGAUAAAUAGAACAGCCUUAAAGAAUAACUGACCGUUGCUUUACUCACUGUCAAUUGUCAAUGACUAUGGAUAUUUAAUUUUCAAAUCUACCUUCACCAUGAAUAAGAUUACUUAUGAAUAAGAUUACCUCGUAGCUUCUUUGGCCGCA